CAGGCAUCUCCGUGUGCAUAUACGCUCUUCAAACUUAACUGACAUAUUCUUGCCCUCUUCACAUUAUCUCCAUAGGUUCAUAUCCACUCGAUUGCACCAUGUCCUAUCACCAGUUCGCUACGCGAGCUAUCCACAUCGGCUCAGAACCUGACCCUUCGACUGGUGCUGUGGUUCCUAGUCUCAGUGUUGCCACGACUUUCAAGCAGGAUGGUAUCAAUAAGACUCGAGGAUUUGACUACUCUCGAAGCGGAAACCCAACUCGCUCCUCCCUCGAGCAGCUUUUAACCUCUUUAGAGACCGCCCCUCUGUCUGAUGCCCAAGGAGAGAGCUUUGUGUUCUCUUCAGGAUCGGCGGCUACAGCCGCAAUAGCUCAUUGGGUGACUCUGACCAAGAAGGAAGGGGGAGCCGGGGGAGCCGAUGGUAAUGGUGGUGGUGGACACAUUCUGGCUGUCAAUGAUGUUUAUGGUGGAACCGCCAGAUAUUUCUCUCGAGUGGCUCGCCCUACCGGGCUCGAUAUCACCUAUCUGGAUAUGAUAGAAGCUGGUGAAGAAGGUAUCAGAGCUGCCAUCCGUCCAGAUACCAGGCUCGUCUGGCUGGAAAUUCCGACCAAUCCAACUCUGUUGGUCCACCCUCUCCCAUUGAUAUCCUCUAUCGUCAAGAGCCUUCCUGAGGAACAUCGUCCUUUGAUUCUAGUCGACACUACUUUCUUGUCAUCUUUCAACUUCACCCCACUUGUUGGCGCCAACCCCGAGUCCACGCCGCUGGCCGACAUUGCCUAUUCAUCCCUGUCCAAGUAUUCGUCAGGUCAUUCCGAUAUCAUUCUGGGCUCCGUCACUGUUUCACCUCAAACAGCUCGUUUUCGACCAGAGUUAAUAAAAGCUUUGCGAUUCCUUCAAAAUUCAAUGGGUGCAUGUCCUUCCCCUUAUGACUGUCAUCUCAUGAUUCGAAGUCUCAAGACCCUUAGCACUCGGAUGAUCAAGCACGGUGUAAAUGCCCUCAGAAUCGCUGCGUUCUUAGACAAUCAACCUCAAGUCAGUGAAGUGCGUUAUCCUGGAUACAAGGAAGACCGAGGUUUCUCGCAGAUCAGGCCUUUAUUGUCAGAGAACCUGAAAAGAGAGUUAGAAUUCUUAGGUUGGGAAUUCCCUUGGGCUGCACCAUCUGCCGGGGAGACUAAAAACCUCAAAGAAAACUCGCUUGCGUACGUUCGUACCCUGGGCAUCCCCUUCGGGGGCGUUGUGACUUUUACUCUGAAAGAUGGAACUCUCGAGCAAGCCGAGAAAUUCUGCACUUCUCUGAACGUCAUCAGCUUAGCUGAGAGUUUGGGAGGGGUUGAGAGUUUGAUUGAAGUGCCAUUGGGAAUGACGCAUGCGUCAAUACCCAAAGAAAGUCUUGAAAAACUGGGUAUCACAGCCAGCCUCGUGCGUUUCUCCGUGGGGAUUGAAGAUUAUGAGGAUUUGAUCGAGGAUCUACAAACAGGCUUUGCAGCUAUCAAGCAAUAGUAGACAUGUUUUCGAUUGAGAUAUAGUGGUAUGCGGUAGAAAUGUGCUACUUUCAAUUCGUGCAUAUUUCAUUCGAAUUCUGUCGGCUGUGUGAUAUCGCGAAGCUAUGCGCUGUCAUGGCAUAUUUAUUCAUUCAUGAACAUGAAUCCCAAUGUCAAGGCAAACGUCAAGGCGGCAGCUGUGCCGUUUGUCAUCUUUCUCUCGCCUAUUUGGUAGAGGAGGGAACGUAACCCCCUUGAUAUGGUUUCAAGAAGUAUGUAAUAUGUAUACUUUGAAUACUGAGAAGGAUGCAAUACAGAAGUACGAAA